GAGUUUAUGCACAUACUGCUUCUAGACACUGGGAAAGUGACAGAAAUGUGUUGAACAGAAAUAUGGAUCCACAAACAUGUGAAGAUAUUGCACAUCAACUCAUUUUUGGUAAAACCGGAAGAAAUCUCCAGGUGAUUUUAGGUGGAGGACGAAAAAAGUUUCUACCAAAAGGAGAGAAAGAUGAAGAAAGCAAAACGGGUGAAAGAUAUGACCAUCUUGAUUUGAUAAAAGAGUGGCAAAAGCAAAAAGAAGUUUCAGGGGGCAAAUUUGCAUAUAUUUGGAACAAAGAACAAUUGCUGGAGAUUGACAACGAUACGGAAUAUCUUUUGGGCCUAUUCGAGUCCAGCCACAUGCACUACAAUCUCGAUAGAAACAAAGAUACCGACCCUUCUCUGGAAGAAAUGACCGAAGCUGCCAUAAAAGUCUUGAGCAGAGAAGACCAAGGUUUCUUCCUUUUUGUUGAAGGAGGAAGAAUCGAUUCUGCUCACCAUGACACUCUCGCUCACAAGGCCUUGGACGAAACUGUCGAGUUUGCGAAAGCUGUUCAGAAGGCUGUCGAUAUGACUAAAGAAGAAGAUACUCUAAUAGUUGUUACUUCGGAUCAUGCUCACACUAUGAGUUACGCUGGAUAUGCAGGUCGAGGAAGCGAUAUAUUUGGAUACGCUGGAGAGGGUAGUGACAAUCACUUGUAUACUAUUUUGAAUUACGCCAAUGGGCCUGGAUAUAAGCCAAUUGUAGAAUCUGGGGAGCGAUACGUGCCUACUGAGAAUGAAAUGAAUGAAAUAAGUUUCAAAUGGCCCUCCACUUCUCCCCUAGAUUCAGAGACACAUGGAGCAGAUGAUGUGGCAAUUUUCGCUCGUGGUCCUUGGGCACAUUUGUUCACAGGAGUGAUGGAAGAGAAUGUCAUACCACAUCUCAUGGCCUACGCAUCAUGUGUAAGCAAAGAGAUACCAUGUGAUAACUUCAAAAGGGAACCCUGAAACAAGUCCUAUGAAAGUAAUGUGAAAGUCUUCAACUCCAAAAAUGGAGUAGACUGAAAUAAUUACUCGAACGAAACUUAGUAUAGUGAGAAGAAAGUUUCUCAAUAUUUGUGAUGGAUAUUUUUAGAAGUGGAAUUAUCACUAACGCAGAUGUGAUAUAUAGAAUAUGUGAAUUUGGUUACAAGUUGAUUGACGAUAUUGAAAAAAAUAUGAAUUAUGUAUAUAGGAAAUGAGAAUAGUAAAUAUAAUUGAAGUUCAUGGAAAAAUUGAA